AUGCUUCCCCUCGGCCUGCUUACUGCGGCGCAAGGCCACCCCAUGUUGGUCGAGCUCAAGAAUGGAGAAACGUUGAACGGCCAUCUUGUCAAUUGCGACACAUACAUGAACCUGACUUUGAAAGAAGUCGUUCAAACAAGUCCGGAGGGCGACAAAUUCUUCCGGUUACCAGAAUGCUACGUUCGCGGGAAUAAUAUCAAAUACCUACGAGUUCCGGACGAAAUCGUGGAUAUCGUCAAGGACCAGCAGCAGAGUCAACAGUCGCAGCGUGGAGGCAGAGGCGGUAUGCAGCACCGAGGUGACCACGGCGGCAGGGGUGACAGAGGAGGGCGAGGCGGACGUGGCGGACGUGGAAGAGGGAGGGGACGAGGCGGUUGA